CACGCACUAAGCAUAUUUCGAUCAUGUGAUCUUAGAAUCCAACAUGUCGUCUAAGAAAUCGUUGACUCAAAAACUGAACGACUUGGAGAAAAAGCUAACAUUAGAGAACAGAUUGCAUGAAAAUGACAGAAGAGGUAGACCGUUGCAGUCAGGAUCCCCGGGCCCCAGACGGCCAAUCGUCCCAAGCUGGAAUGAUUACUAUCAUCACAACUCCUGUGAUAACAACUCACCUUUCCUAUGGGAUGUCUCCAGGUUUCGGGUCCCCAGAAACGAAACAUUAGGGAGUCAUGGGGAAAGCGGGACCAGUUCUCGGUCAAGCUCCGCCCCCUCGUCGGGUCGGCGACGCCCGGAAAUGCAGCUUGAUUGUCACAGAUUUCCACAGGAAAGUGGUCGGCGCCGCCCGGGCAUGCAGUUGGAUUGUCAACGAGGGCAACACAAGGCACCAGACAGCGGGGAGAUUGAUCAGAAGUAUGAAGAAAUCAUGAAGCAGUCUGGGAUCCUCUCCAUUAACGGAAACAAAUACCCAACUGAUAUUAGUGACAUGGAGCCCUUGGGUGAACUGGGUCACGGCACCUGCGGCCAAGUCGUGAGGAUGAGGCACAAGCUUACGCAGCACCCCAUGGCUGUCAAGCAAAUGAGAAGAUCUGGCAACAAGGAGGAGAACAAACGUAUCAUCAUGGACCUGGAUGUUGUGUUGAAGAGUCACGACUGUCCCUACAUUGUCCAGUGUCUAGGAACAUUCAUCACCUCGAGCGAAGUAUGGAUCUGUAUGGAGCUUAUGUCCACCUGUCUAGAUAAACUGUUAAAACGAACAAGGAAAUCAAUUCCAGAAAAAAUCCUGGGGAAAAUGGCAGUGGCAAUUGUCAGGGCAUUACAUUACUUAAAAGAAAAUCAUGGUGUGAUACAUAGAGAUGUGAAACCAUCCAAUAUUCUGUUGGAUGAGAAUGGAUCCGUGAAGUUGUGUGAUUUCGGCAUCAGUGGUAGACUGGUGGACUCGAAGGCCAAGACUCGCACAGCAGGCUGUGCUGCAUAUAUGGCACCUGAGAGAAUUGACCCACCAGAUCCUGCCUGUCCUGAUUAUGAUAUUCGAGCUGAUGUCUGGAGCCUGGGAAUAUCACUGGUGGAGCUUGCGACAGGGGAGUUCCCGUACAAAGACUGUAAGACAGAUUUUGAAGUUCUCACCAAGGUCCUGCAAGAGGACCCGCCUCUCCUCCCACCCGGAGAGAGUUUCUCACUCGACUUCUGCUCCUUUGUCCGAGACUGUUUGACGAAAGAUUACAAGAAAAGGCCAAAGUAUAAGAAGUUAUUGGAGCAUCCAUUCAUCAAGAGAUACGAGAAGGAACAUGUAGACGUAGCAUCGUGGUACAUAGGAAUAUCUAAACUCAUUGAGACGAAGGCGUCAUGACACCUGUGUCGGUUCUCAAAUGAUACGGUCGGCUGCAGAUGUCUGUGACGACCACCUCCCGACGUCCACCGUCUAGUUAGACCGCCAACAGCGGCCUGUCAGACGGGCGGUGAAGACAGUCGGUGUACCUGUACCAUCAUCAGACCUGGCUCAGAACUAUACGCGUUGUAACCUGUGCUGAGUGGGGGAGCGUGAGGAGGGUAGACUGAGUGAGUGAGUGAGAGAUUGUCGGAGCAAUUUAACAUGUGGAUGAAUGAGAGAAACCACCUCAAUUGUAUGUCCAAGCCCAUUUCACUCGAUCUGAUACAUAAGUAGAUUGAACUGGUUUGUAACGGAUACGACUGAACUGGAACCGGUUUUGCUGCUUUUCGGGUGUUGCUGUUGGUUACUUCAGCAUUAAACUGGUUUGUACUGACUGUUACCAGUUGGUAAUCCUGGAGGCACAAGCUGUGAGUGUUUGAUACUGAAGUGGGACAGAAAGAUGAACGUAAGAUGUACAGCUAUAACGAUAGCAUCACACUGCAUUUGCAUCUUCAAAAACAUUUUUCAAAAGGAUUUUUUUGUUUCUUUUAUACAACCAGCCAUGUCUUGGGGCACAAAACCUGACAAUCUUCAUAUCAAACAAAAAACAAACAUCGGAUUUGCCCUAAGUAGUGAGAUUUUAGAUAUUUAAUACAAUAGCACAGAAAUUUAUUAAACUAAACAUGGGACACCAUAGACUUGGAGGCAGAUAUUCAGCCCCAAAUCUGCCCCGAGUCUGCCCAAAGUCUGCAGCAAAUGUAAGUAAGUAAAAAGGAACUUUUUAAAAUAUCUGAGUUUGGCGCAUUUAGUUUGACAAGAUAAAUCCCUGACAGCUGUCCACUAUUUACAAUUUCAGUCAUGAUGGAGACUUGUUGGAAACAAUUCCACCUUGUCAUACUGAAGGGCUUGCUUCAUCUUCAGUGAUAUUAUAAUGUGCUGAUAGGUCUGAUGGUUACCUGCAUCAACAGAAACACUCGUGGGGAUCGGGGCGGUCGGGUAGCCUAGUGGUUAAAGCGUUCGCUCGUCACGCCGAAGACCCGGGUUCGAUUCCCGACAUGGGUACAAUGUGUGAAGCCCAUUUCUGGUGUCCCCCGCCGUGAUAUUGCUGGAAUAUUGCUAAAAGCGGCGUAAAACUAUACUCACUCACUCACUCACUCGUGGGGAUCAUGAGAACAGGGAAACGCAAGGUCCAUCACAUGUGUGAAGCAAAUACUAUUCCUGUUGAAACACCACUGUCAUCAUAUUGUAACAGUUGCUCUGAUAUCACUUAACAUUUCAUAUAUAUACUGGUAAUGAAUAUUACCAAAGAGACAUUCUACCUUCUGUAGGUGAAAACAGUGAAGGUUUCUUUUCGGCAGGAAUUUCACAUGAUGAUACUUUGGAAAGUCUGAUUUCAAAUUACCAGCCCUCGAUUUACAUUAAUAGUUUACCAACCAAUCACCAUCUACAUGAGGGACAUGGGGGUUUGCUACAGUGUUUUAACCUAGAGACCCCCUAUUCGCGAACAGUCAACAUUGGGGUUAUGACAUGAACCCCUCAAUUGCUCUUCGAUCACUGCCGAUGGAUGAAUGAAAACCUGUGAAUGCUGGUAUACAAACUUUAGAUGUGGUCAAAGUCAGUUGUGGCAUUACCUGACACAAGUUCAACACAAA